GUCUAACGCGCGUGCACUCUCAUGUUGAAGACCUAGAUGAUGUCGAGUUUGAAGCAGAGACGUCCAGGAGAAGCACAUAUAAAGCUCAACUUUUUAGUACAAAAGAAAUCUCCAAACUGCGUAGCUGCGAGCGGUAAUGAAGAAUCGGACGCGGGCAGAGAUUUGGAUGAAGCAUGUGCUACUAAAUCAAAAGACCAAGAGAAUGAAGUUUGUUAUGACAUGGUGAAGAAACCAGUUGAUGUUGUGCAGCUGCUCACUAACAAGGAGGAUGGCGAAGCUGAGCCACCGAAGAAAAAGAAGCGAUUUCGAGGGACAAACAAGAAAAGACCAAGAGACGAGAAACAACUGCAACAAGAACAAUUAUGUCCAAGUGUAGUGCAUGGAGAUCCAUCUCAGUGUUUUUAUGGAUCUAGCUGUAAAUUUAGCCACGAUAUCAAGGGUUACAUGGCAGUGAAGUCUGUGGAUUUGGGGCCAAAGUGUCCGAAUUUUGAGCGUCUUGGCUUGUGUUCUUAUGGUGUGACCUGCCGAUUUGCAUCUGCUCAUCUAGGAGAUGAUUUUCAGAACAUUGUCAAUGAAGAACUUUAUCAAUCUUUACCUCAGCCACAGACAUGUAACCAAUUACUAUUUGACCUGAAAUCUCAGUUAAGGAAGAGGCAAGUACCUUCUCCUAGGACAGACAAAUACUUGAAGAGGCUGAAUGACUUGAAGAAGCAUACAUACUCUGUAAAGAAUGUAGAGGAAACUACGUGUGCUGACAGUGUGGCAUUGGCAAAUGUGUCUUUGGAGACUGAGGGUCUUGGCUGUGUGACUGAUGAGGAUCAGAUUCGACUUCAACCUUCUGAAAAGAGGAAGUUUGACUGUCGUAACAAACUGUUUCUUGCUCCACUCACUACUGUUGGCAAUCUGCCAUUUCGUCGAGUGUGCAAGUCGUUUGGUGCUGAUGUAACAUGUGGAGAAAUGGCCAUGUGCACUAACUUGUUGCAGGGGCAAAUAUCUGAAUGGGCUCUUCUCAGGCGGCAUCGGAGCGAAGACUUAUUUGGAGUGCAGAUUUGUGGCUCAUUUCCAGACACAAUGUGUCGAUGUGCUGAACUUUUGAACCAGCAUAUCAAUAUAGAUUUCAUUGACAUCAAUGUUGGGUGUCCAAUUGACCUGGUUUUUAACAAGGGUGCUGGUUGUGCCUUGAUGCAAAGGGCGACACGGUUUAAAGAAAUUGUUGAAGGAAUGAAGUCUGUACUAGAUGUACCACUAUCAGUCAAAAUGCGUGUGGGCAUUUAUGAUAAGCAGUGGAAUGCCUGUCAGUUGGUUCCUAAGUUGAGAGACUUGGGAGUUGAUUUUGUCUCGAUACAUGGUCGAUCAAGAGAGCAGAGGUACACACAGCAAGCGAACUGGGAGUACAUUGGCAAAUGUGUAAAGGCUGCAGAUCCAAUGCCUGUCAUUGGAAAUGGUGAUAUAUUGUCUUUUGAAGACUACAACUUGAAGCUGGAACAAAGCUCCGUUGCUGGAAUUAUGAUUGCACGCGGUGCACUGAUCAAACCAUGGUUGUUUACUGAAGUGAAGGAACAAAGGCAUUGGGACAUCUCAGCAAACGAGAGGCUUGACAUCUUGAAAACAUAUACUGAUUUUGGAUUGGAGCAUUGGGGUUCAGAUCAGCAGGGAAUCAACAAGACAAGACGUUUUCUACUAGAAUGGCUCUCGUUCUUGUAUAGAUAUAUUCCAGUUGGUGUAUUGGAGCAGGUACCACAGCGCAUCAAUGAGCGUCCACCUGCGUAUGUUGGUAGAAGUGACCUUGAGACGUUGAUGGCUAGUUCUAGCUGCUCUGAUUGGAUCAAAAUCAGUGAGAUGCUUCUUGGUCCUGUACCUCCUGACUUCUCUUUUUUACCAAAGCACAAAGCUAAUUCUUACAGUUGAUUGUCUCAUAUUUACUGAUAUAUUUGUUUACGAUGUUUAUAACGUCCAUAUUGUUGUGAUGUGCAUUGCCAAAGCUGUAAAUACCACAGUUUGUCAAGCUGUCUACUUUUGUCAUUCUACUUCACCUGUUCUAUAAUAAUCAUGUGUUAGACCAUGCACCAGCUUACAUUUAGUACAAUCUAACAACUCUAUAUAUAUUUUGUAUAGUCUCUG